AUGGUUCAGAGAGAAGCAGCACUGGACAAAUCAAACAAGGAUCUUGUCUGCGAAGUCGGCAACCUAAAGAAGGAUUUGGCUACUGCCGAGGCCGAGGUCCACCGCCUGGGCAGCGUCGUCAUACCUCAACUUGAGUGUCAAAUCACCAAUCUCAGUGCCGAAAACCAGGAAUUGAGACGCCAGCUCCAAAGCGCGACUGGGAGCUGCGGGCGGCAUCAUGUUGAGAUUGAGGCUUUGCGGAUACGCAUCUGCCACCAAGACAAGGAGAUUAAAGACUUGGAAUGUGACAAGUCCAAUUUAGAGCGACGGGUUGAGGAGCUGUUGCGGCAAAUCGGCUCACACCAAGGCAGCGGGUGCGGAGGCGGCUGCAACAGGAGAAUAGAAGACCUGACGCGCGAUGUGGUACAUUGGAAAGACAGGUUCUUGGACAUGCAGCAGCGACGGAAUAAUCUUUCGGAACAGCUCGAUGAGCAGGGCGAAAAGAUUAGAACAUAUGAGGAGAUACUUCGUCAAAAUGGAUUCAUUAUUCGUUGA